CAAUAUUACACAUGAUACACAAACAGAAUCACACAUUAAUAAUAGUACACAGUGUAACGCGUGUAGCUACAUCCUAUGUUACAGAUUUGGCUACAGAAUGAACAACUUCCAGACUUUGUGUGAGUUGCUGCUGACACGAGUUCCUCGUCUCCAUCUGUGGGCGGCAAGUUGUUUCAAUGAAAGCGCACCCGCCGGCUGGCAAGUGGAAUAUUUAACCAGACCCCUCCGCUCUCCUCCGACCGUCGUCAGGGAAGUCGAGCAGGACGACAGGAUCACUAGAGACAGUUAUGUACUGCCGUACAGAGAGCGAGGUGUGCCCGACCACACAGACGGCCCGCCAGUCACACGACUGUAUCACCGAGGUCAGGGUCACUCAGGUUUAUUACCAGUUGACUGUGUGACGUGCGGUCGUGAGGUGGCCAGCUUCCUACACAGUCUCCGUGUUGGUGUUACAGGGAGAAGCACAACAAUAUCUACAACAUUGACCUCUACCAGUGGCGGCACAACACCACCGUGUCUACAGUGGAGAGACGUGCUGGUGUUGUACUGGCAUGACGUUACUGAUCAGUCGGGUGUGGUCACAGGACUGCAAGAAGCAGGUAUCCCAGUGCGGGUGAUGCAGGAUGAUGACAUCGAGGACGUGGUCACGGCCCGCAAUGACGUGGUGUGGGUGGCGAGUGGAUAUCGUGUUCGUGGUCUGGAGAGAAAAGUCAUCGUCUGUCUGGACAACCGCGAUUACGGUUUAUUUACCUUUCCCCGACUUGAGCACAUGUCCCGCUGUACGUCACAACUUGUGAUUGUCUCCCUGAAGCUAGUGGAAUGAUACUGUUAUAUAAUAAUAAUUAUACAAUAAUGUUG